AGGAAAGCAAAGCCAAAUCAAAAUUACCAGAAUAUGAAGGUUUAACAGAAAAAUUCAAUCUCAUCAAAAAAUUAGGAGAAGGUGCUUUCUCUCAUGUAUAUAAAGCCGUGAAUAAAACGACGGGUGAAUGCGUGGCAAUAAAAAUUGUUCGUAAAUUUGAGUUGAGCCAAAUUCAGGUAAAACCCAUUUUUUUUUAAAAAAAAAAAAAAGUCUAAUCGCAUCAUGGGGACAUUUUUUGUAUAACCUUCUAAACACAAACAUUAUAAUUUAGAAAGCAAGUGUAUUAAAAGAGGUACAAAUCAUGCGUACAUUAAAUCAUCCUUCCGUCAUUAAAAUGCUAGACUUUAUCGAAACCAAAGAAUACUUCUUCUUGGUAUUGGAAUUGAUGGAUGGCGGAGAGAUCUUUCAUCAAAUUGUGCAGCUGACCUACUUUAGUGAGGAUUUAUCUCGUCAUUGUAUACGACAAGUGGCAGAGGGUAUUCGUUACUUACAUGAAGAACGUGGGGUAGUCCAUCGAGACAUCAAACCCGAGAACAUCUUAUUUCAAUCCAUCCCAUUUAUGGAACGUAAAUCAACGACAGCACCCACCGUAGCGGACGAAGAAGAAGAAAAGGAAGAUGAAGGCGAAUUUGUGGUGGGUCAAGGAGGCGGUGGUAUUGGCCGAGUGAAAUUAGCCGAUUUCGGUCUUUCCAAAGUGGUUUGGGACAAACAUACCAUGACCCCUUGUGGUACCGUUGGUUAUACAGCGCCAGAAAUCGUACGCGAUGAACGUUACUCCAAGUCCGUUGACAUGUGGGCGUUGGGCUGUGUACUUUAUACCAUGUUAUGUGGGUUCCCUCCCUUUUAUGAUGAAAGCAUCUCUACCUUGACACAAAAGGUGGCAAAAGGACAUUAUACUUUUUUGAGUCCUUGGUGGGAUCAUAUCUCGGAAGAAGCCAAACAUUUGGUCAAACAUUUAUUAAAUAUUAAUCCCAAGAAACGGUAUACCAUUGAUCAGUUCUUGGCGCAUCCUUGGAUGAAGACUUCAGAGGAACCUACCGUCAUGACAACGACGGCAGGUUCACCAGCGAUUUUGAACCCUCCUUCUACUACCACGUCUGUAGCGGUAGAAACCAUUUCCAUCACUCCUUCAUCUACAACACCCAGUCAGACGAUACCGAUUGCUGCAUCUGGAAAGAAUCAUAAACGAAAAGAUUUGUUCAUGUCGGGUAUUUCUUCCAUGAAGGAAGUAUUUGAUGUUUCGUAUGCUGUGCAUCGCAUGGGAGAAGAACGAGCACAACGUAAAGAAAAUAAAAAGAAACCAGUACAAGAAACGAGUCGAUUGAAGGUAUUUCAUGCGCCUUUAAAUGAUGAUGAUGAUGAGGAGGAGGAGGAGGAGAUGGUGCAGGAUGAUUCAUCGAAUACGAGUUCAUCGGAUGAUAAUAUUGAUUCGUUAUGCACGCAUUUGGAAGAUGCACAGAUAAAGAAGAAACCGAAUGAUAAUUUGUUGAUCAAGAAAUUAGCGGGACGGUUGAAUGAUGCACCGCCUGUGGUGAAUCGUAAAGCUAAAAAAUCCUUUGAGUUGAAUAUGGGAAAAGCGACCUUGUUAGGAAGAAGAAAAAAUGUGCCUACACUGUAGUUUUUUUUUUUUUUAGUUAUUAUUAUUCCCCCCCUCACUUAUUGUAUAUCUUUUUUUUUUUUGAAACAUAUUCUUAUUGUCUAAAACCCUUUCCCCCCCUCUCUCUCUUUUUUUAAUGAUUACAUCAUAUUUUGCAGAAAAAAAUAAAAAGGGGCACGGAAGGGGAUUGCUCCCCCCCUUUUUUAUAAAAAAAAAAAAAAUCGUUCAAGCUUUACCCAUGAUGCAACUUCAUCCCAUGUCAAACAGAGUGUUACAAGUCCUUUUUUUUUUGGAUAUGCACACUAUUCAACGUGAUCU